CUUUGCUUCAUCCAGCAACACAAGUCACCCAACGGAUCUGCUGUGUGAAUUAGCACAACGUAACACAUACGGCGCGGCAUGCCGGCGAAAAAUUAGGUGACCGUGGCUGAGUCGAGUGGAGUGCGAUUGGCAAACGAUGGAAAGGUCUAGCCGGAGGUGCUUUUUCUAUUUCAUUCAGGCCAUGUCCUCCCGCGGGGUGAGCGCGAAGCCAACCUGUUUCAUUCUUUGAUUACUGUCACAGUCAUCGUCAAGUCCUUCUUCCCUUUCGUCUUUCAGUGAACCUUGUUCGUGCCGCCAGUGGCCCCUUCUCAUUGACCUGUGUCAAGAUAGCCCACCCCUUUGACCAUCCGCCAUGCCCAUCCCCGCCCCCGGCUUCCAACCCGCCCUCCCUAAGAUCCUCAUCCCCGAGAAAAUCUCCCCAGACGGCAUCGAGAUCCUCAAGAAGUCGACCACGAUCCAUCAGAAGCAUGGCCUCAGCCCCGAGGAGCUCCUCCGGAUCAUCCCGGACUACGAUGCCCUCAUCGUCCGUAGCGAGACGAAGGUGACGGCCGAGCUGCUGAGGGCCGGCAAGAAGUUGAAGGUCGUGGCGAGGGCCGGCGUCGGCGUGGAUAAUGUCGAUGUAGCGACGGCGACGACGUUGGGAGUGAUUGUUGUGAAUAGUCCAGUGGGGAAUAUCAAUGCGGCGGCGGAACAUACCAUCGCAUUGAUGAUGGCCGUUGCAAGGAAUGUCGGCGAUGCCUGUGCGAGUCUCAAAGCCGGGAAAUGGGAGAGGAGCCGACUUGUGGGUGUUGAGGUGAAGGGAAAGACAUUGGCGAUUGUAGGACUCGGGAAGGUGGGACUCACCGUUGCUCGUCAAGCCGGAGGCUUGGGCAUGAACUUGAUCGCCUAUGACCCCUAUGCCAAUCCCAAUAUCGCCGCCGCGGCGAACGUCACCCUCUACCCAUCUAUCAAAGACCUCCUCCCCCUCGCGGACUUCUUCACCAUCCACACCCCCCUAAUUGCCAGCACAAAAGGGAUGAUCGGCGCCGCCGAGCUCGCCAUCAUGAAGCCCACCGCGCGCCUCCUCAACGUCGCUCGAGGCGGCAUGAUCGACGAAGCGGCCCUCCUCUCCGCCCUCUCCGCCCAAACCAUCGCCGGCGCCGGCCUCGACGUUUUCACCUCCGAGCCUCCGCAGCCCGACUCCGUGACCUCCCGCCUCAUCGCCCACCCCGCCGUCGUCGCCACCCCGCAUCUCGGGGCCAGCACCGUCGAGGCGCAGGAGAACGUAUCCCUGGACGUCUGCGAGCAGGUGAUUCUCAUCCUCGCGGGCCAGCUGCCGCGGUCCGCUGUCAACGCCCCUUUCAUUCUCCCCGAGGAAUACGGCACGCUAAAACCCUUCGUCGGGCUCGUGGAGAAGAUGGGGACGCUGUACACGCAGCAUUGCGCGCGCUAUCGCCGCGACGGCCUACCCGGGACGAACGCGCAUUUCCGCACGACGUUCGACCUGAUCUACGAAGGCGCGUUAGCGAACCUGAACACCACGAAACCGUUGUUCGCGGCGCUGGUGAAGGGCCUGCUGGCGACGAUCGCGGGGCCGGAUGGUACGAACGUGAACAUCGUUAACGCAGAACUGGUGGCGAAAGAGCGAGGGAUCACGAUCAACGAGUCGCGAUCGCGCGAGAACGUGGACGAGAAGGGGUACGCCGCCUCGGUGACGCUGAAGGCGCGCCUCUCCCGCUCGAGCGGCGCGAGCGCGGACGCCACGGAGGAGGAGCAGGAGAUCCAGGGCUUCGUGUCGGCGAACACGCCGUACAUCCGCACGCUGGACCGGUUCUCGACGAACUUCGUGCCGGCGGGGACGCUGUUGAUCUGCCGGAACUUCGACAGCGUGGGGAAGAUCGGGUUCGUGGGGUCGCGGCUGGGGAAAGCCGGGGUGAAUAUCCGGUACAUGAGCGUGGCGCCGCUGCGGACGGGGGGGAAGACGUUUGAGGGGAACGGGGGGGUGGAAUCGGAGAAUGAGGCGUUGAUGAUUUUGGAGGUGGAUCGGCCGGUGGAGGAUGCGGUGGUGAAGGGGCUGAUUGGAGAGGAGGGGGUUUUGGAGGCGAGCGUGGUUACUUUGUGA